CUUUAUUGAUCUUGUGUAUUCAGAGAUAUGACUGUAGGCUACUGGCUACUCCUUAAGCAUCUGCGAUCACUUUUGUUGCAAUCCUUCUCAAGCAUCCAAGAAAACGCAUGUCACUCCUCCUCAAACUCCAUAAUUAACAGAAAGUGAGUAAUAGACAAUUGCAGAUGUGUUGACGUCAUCAUAAUGGCGAAACAACAUGUUGUUGGAAAUUCCCCAACUGUUGAAUAAUGGGAGCAACAACUGUGACUGUUACAAAAAAAGGAAGAACAAUUGAAGCUGUGUCACGAUGGAAACAGUGGGAAAACGAACAGAUGAAAAUGCUGUUGAACGGUCAAAUGUUUCAGAAACGAACUGAACAGUCAAAGGCUUGUGUUGCAUAAGCAAGUACAUUUUAAAAUCUAAAGAACUAUGAAGCUCUUCGUUUAUGAAUAUAAGAACCUGCCCAAAUUUUUGCAGCAAAAUUCCUACAUAGUUAAAGGCUAUAGAGUGGAGUUAUCUAAUACAGACUGUUUUAAAAGUAUUCUUAUGUGGACCAAUGAAAGUAUUAACAUCUGGACUCAUCUAAUUGGUGGCUUAUGGUUUUUGCUUAUGAUAAUUUAUGACAAUAUUUACACCAUACCUGGAAUUGAUGGAACCAUUCAAGACAAUUUGGUUGUCACAACAAUCAAUAUUUGUUUUGCUGCAUGCAUGCUUCUAUCUGCUGGUUUUCAUACAUUCUGCUGUCAUUCAGCCUUGUCCUAUAAGAGGUGGCUUGCAUUGGAUCUUGCUGGAAUUUCAAUGAGUCUAGUUGGAAUGUACAUAUCUUCCCUGUUUUAUGGCUUCUAUUGCAACUGGAGGUGUCAAUAUUUCUACACUGGCCUUGUGAGUGCAUUUCUUAUCAUUUGCACAUAUUUACACACAAAAGAGCAAUUCUUGGCUCCACACUGGGCAAAGAAGAGAAUCAUCUUAUAUUCUUGCCUAGUCUUGUUUGGAGUUAUCCCAGCAACACAUUGGUAUUUUCUGAUGGGUGGAUGGUCAAGUUCUGUGGUUAGGCUCUUCAUGCCAAAAUUGAUGGUGAUGUAUGCACUUGGAUGUUCAGGACUUGUUGUUUAUGUUUCUAAGCUCCCCGAGAGAAUUUUUCCAGGCUGGUUUGACUACAUUGGUUGCAGUCAUCAGUGGUGGCACUUACUGGUCUUGUGUGCACUUCUCUGGUUCCGUGAUGCUGCCUUACAGCUCAUUGUCUUUCAAAUUGAAAACAGUUGCAAGGAUGGUCACAUUUAGGAAAGACAAUGUCUAAUAAUUUUUUGUUUUUGAUAAUUUAUGAUUCAAUACCGGUGUAUUUAGCAUAUGCAAUGACAUUUUUGUAGUAAAUGAUUAUACCUUUAAAUGAUAGCCAGGCCUUUCCGAAAAUAUUACAUCAGCGGCUAUCAAAUAUGAAAAGGUUUUCAGGCUAUCUGUAAUGGCAGUACCACCAUCAAGACUAGUGUGUGGGGGAAGGGGGUAAAAGGUUUUUAUUUUAUGCCCUUCUAGGCAUUGUGUAUGACGUUCUACUAAUAUUGUACAUCUACCCCUAAAUCAAAUUACAAAGAUUCAAAUAUUGCCCCUCCCCCAACAUUUAUACCUAUGUCCUUCAGUUGUGUGCCUAUUGGUCAUUGGUUGUUGUUGAUAGUUUUGAAAUUCAAUAAAGUUUUAAUUGGAUGAUAACACAUUAACAAAAAUGAGAGUUUUUUCAACAACGUCAUGAUGGAAAAAUCCUGAAACUCAAGAUGGAAGCUUUGAUAUCUAAACUUUAGUUUUCCAUCCUUGUUUUUCAUCUUUUCCAUUUGUAUUAAUUAGAUGAUAUUCAAUUUUUUUAUGCUAGUGCAAAUAGUAAUAUUAGUGCUAAGGUUGUGAUAUCUAGUUGUUCUUUUUGGUUACAAUUGAAGUGGAGUUUGGUGCAUAAAGGGAUGUAUUUUACGAGAAGACCACAUAGGGCUUUAACAAAGAUGGCCUAAAACAAUAACAAGUAAACACUGGGCCCCUAGCACAACACCCCAUGUAUAUGUUUACAGACUUAUUAUAUCAAAAUAUAAAUUACUAAUUGUAAAGAACUAAUAAACGAUUAUAAAAGUGAAAUUGCUAGCACAUUUGUGUUUAUUCAUUCUGAUUAAUAUUCUGCAUGUUUUUAAUGUACACAAAUAUCGAGACUUUCUAUUCUGCACAUUCUCAAAUUAUGAGACUUUCUUGUCUGAACCAAAUUACCUUUUGUCGAAUUCCUAUUGUACGUUAUUAUUUUUGAACAAUUUUUUUGCGGUACAGAAUUUGAAAAUGGCUUUGAAAAAAGCAAACAUUUUACAACAUACUUAAAGCUUUUUCGUCUGACACUCCUCAGAGCAUAAAACGUCAGAAUAGGUUCCGAAAAA